AUGUCUAAGUUCCGGUACUAUCAAUGUUGUGGACUGAAGGCCAGCAAACAUAUGGUCCAGACACAAAUAUGCAGAGCGGAGAGCAUAUGUGGAGGAUAUAUAUCGCACAUACAACACAUUGGCGGAUCUGUGAUGUGUGGCGGUGUACAUGCGCGUUAUAUUCACCAUGGCUUCCAGUUUGAUCGUAUAUUGCCGUAUAAACCGGCAAAUUCCAUCCCAUCAAACGAGCUGGACGAUGUCAGCAGAAUCUCCAUCAAGACCCUACCGUUCCCCAGCUUGAUCAAAGACAAACUGUUUCAGCUCAUCAAGGCUGCUGGAAAGAAGAAGGACAUCGAUGCCUCCGGAUCGUACAUCGCCAAAAGGCUAGCCGCCAGGAGAUCCGUGGAGGUCCCGCGGGUGCUGCCGUCGAUCCUGUUAGAUUCUGACUCUGUUAACGCGGAGUACGUUGAGGGGAUGAAACAACUUUCCAACGAGCCGGAAUUCGCUCAUCUCAAAACGCUGUUCCAACAAAAUAAACUAGGGGUGAAUGAGCAGGCGCAAAUCGAACUUGCCGAGGCAGAAGACGCUCGGCACAAAAUGAAGCUAAGGGCGCCGCAACUUAAACCGACGCGAAUCAUGUUUUACAAUGCAGGAGCUGGGGCGUCGGUGGCGGCGGCACAUGCCAUAUGGGAUCUAAACACUUUCGAAGAUAUACUGAUCGUUGAACCGUCGACAAAUCUUCUCAAAAUAUGCGAAUAUCUCAUACCAGGCAAGAUCACUGCUUGUCAAGAACCUUUGGAAUCGAAUCAAAGUGGGAGGAUACAUGGUACGCAUUGUUGUUGUCGCCAGUGGAAAUUUCAUGUGCAGGCUAUAGUUGAGCCUGGAACGCCAACUGGGUUCAGAAUUCUACAUUCCAUCCGUGAAGUAUUCAUAUCGCAACUGGAAAAGGAUCGUUUCCACUUUAUGGCUCCUCCACCACUAAAGCUUGGUAGAAGGGUCAUAAUGGACCUAUGUUCGGCUCCAAAUAACUUCAAAAGGAUAGUUGUACCCAAGAACACCCCAGAGAGCAGUGGAUACAAGUAA